GCCUCGAGCUUGGGUACUUCAUUUUGGUAAUGAAUAUCACUGUAAAUGUAAAUGAUAUAGUUGUAACAUUAGUGGCAAGUAAAAUUUACGUGUAAAAACAAGAGUAAUACUUUGUUCUUGAUAAGUGCACAUUAAAAGUUGUAGUUUAUAUUAUAAUUUAUAACACAAUUUUGUCACGAAAAGUUUCCAAAAGAACCGGGAAGUUAUUCAACUUAUUGUGACACCGAAUAAUUGUCCAUCCCACAGAGAACGACUUUUGUUUUUGCUACAAAUUAUUUAUUUACGAACCGAUUGUUUUCUAAAUUACAUACAAGAAUUGUACUUUUUUUUAUUUUCAAAUCAAUUUUAGUUUUCUGCUAAUGUCAAACUAAACUGAAAUUAUUUACAAAAUACAGAGCUGUCAGGUUCCAGGGACUGCAGGCUCUUGGUGGGGUCCAAGGCGAAGUUUUUUGUUGUUUGUUGAAGUCCAACAUGGAAAUCGAUUCCAGAUUUGCGUGAAUAACUGAUGACAUCAGCAGAAUGCAGGGAAGCUGACAAAGAUUCUUCAUGUCGAUCCUUAAUUUUUAAUUUUUUUUAAAUUAUUAAAUUGGAGUUUGAGUAUUGAAACCUAGAUGGCAGAUAUUCCCGGAAGAGUUGGGUGGCCAUUGCUGGGUGACAAGUCACUUGAAUUUGCCAAGGAUCCCAUCAAGUUCUUUCAGAAAUACAAGGAAGAGACAAACUCUGUGAUAUUUGCCACACGUUUUCUCAACAAGCCCACAGUGUUUGUGGGAUCAAAUGCAGGAGUAGCUCAAAUUCUACAAGAAACUGUCGACCUCGAGCUAGGCUAUAAAGCAUACAUGGAACAGAUGUAUGGUGACAACAUUAUUUUUGCUAAUGGAGAAAUAGCAGACCAUCUCAGAACAUGUCUGUGCCAAUUAUUUACUGAAGAUUGUCUCUGUUCAUACACGACUACAGUACAUAGCAUAAUGAAGUAUGCAAUGGAGAAUUUGGAUCACAGCAAACCUGUUCCGGUGUACACGUUAUUCAAGCAGCUAGCCACAGAAAUCUGUCUGAGCAUCUUCUUGGGCCUAAAUAUGCAGGAAGCCAAUUCAUAUACCGAUGCAAUCGUUUCCUUGACAACCACACACUGGCAUGGUAUUAUAUCUGUUCCUUUAUCACUGAAAAUUCCCGGUACAGAAAACGCCACAUCAUACAGUAAAGCUUUGGUUGCCAAGAAAAAACUGUUGGAAUUAAUAGUUUCGAAAAGAAAAAACAAGAAACACUUCUUCAUGGACAAAAUGGAACAAGCACUGUCUUUUGAUGAAAUCCACAUCAACCAUCAUCUGUUGUUGUUUAUAUCUGCCCUUUUACCAAAGGCUCUUGCAUCCCUUUUAACAUCACUGUGUAUUGAAAUAAGCAGAGAUGACAAGGUUUCAUUACAGUCAGAACUUCUUCUGAAGCCGGAUAUUUUGGAUAACCUCUAUCUUGAAGUGCAGAGGUUGUAUCCUCCCUUUAUUGGGGGUAGACGAGUUGCCAAAAAGAAUCUCACAGUAGAUGGUUACAAGGUCCCGAAAGGUCACGGUGUUGUCUUCAUGACAUAUGCUGCCCAUCGUGAUGAAAGUGUUUUCCCGAAUUCUGAUGAGUUUUGCCCAGACAGAUGGAAAGAUUGCUCUUGUGACAGCAGAAGGAAUCUAUUUUGUUUUGGAGGAGGCCCAAGGUGUUGUGUUGGAGAGAAGCUUGUUGAUUGUAUUGUUAAGACUAUCAUCACAAAAUUGCUGUCUACAUUCAGCUUACAGUUGCUACCUGGUCAGGAUUUGGAGUAUAAAUGGCUGCCAGUUUCCAGGCCCAAAGAAGAAGUGUUCUGUUCAUUUCAGAAGAAAAUAGAAGAAGAUGAUGUAAAGGGACUGUACUGUGGUUGUAGAGAUUAGAGAUAGACAGUGACGUAAUAACAUCACAUGUAAUAUCUGGGUAAUAAAAUCUGUGGAAAAAAGUUGCAAUAAAACAAAGUGUUAUAAAUGAUAAAUACAUUUAGGAUUCCAUUUGAUUCAGUUAUUUUCAAUUCUGUUUGGCAUUAGGAAGCAAAAAUAAAGGCUGAAUCCAUGUUACUAUGGCUACAAACCCAGUAUAGUCUCUUUAACAACCAAGCAGACUUUAUGUGCCAAACAUUUGAUGGACAGCUCGGGGGAACCAAAAAGGUUUUUAUUUGUGUGAUAAAACAAGUCAAUAUACAAAAUAUUCAUAACAACACAUUUACAUUUGUAAAAACAUUUAAUUAUCAGUAUACAUUAAACAUGUUAGUAUUUAUAAAUCUUUGUAACAUGUAUGGCAGUGCAAGAGUAACCUGUUUUAAUAGCUUUUUGGUGUCAUUAAUUGGUCCAUUAUAUUGCAUAUAUUAUAUAUAAGUUGCAUAUUAUAUCUGAUUGUUGGUCAUUUAAUUUGCAAACCGACUUGUUAUAUAUUCAACCCAUCAACACUGACCGAUAGUGUACUCCAAGGUGUGUGAUUGCUACUGGUCAGACAAGCAGUUCUGACAGUAUGCCAUGAUGUUUGUUCACCCAUUAUACAUUGGCAAACUAGCCAUUUUGUAAAAUAUAAUGAUGUCUUACCUGCAACCUUUUGUGUGUUGUGCAUUCAUUCAAUAGGUAACAAAAUGCAUUGAAAAGCAAUCUAAGAUAAAUGGCUUUUUUUAAAAGGUGUAUAAUAGAGUGAGUUUCAACAAGACAUUUAUAAAUUUAUGCUUUGAAUAACCUUUUUGUGUAGUCAAAAUUAUGUUUUUCUCUCUUACUUUACAUUUUGUGAUGACUGUUGAUACUAGACUAUUUGAUAUGUGUUUUCCUUUACCUGUAUAUAACAGCCACCUGUCCAUGAUGACCACUUUUGCCAGGUCCCUUGAUGGCUGUUAUAUAUAGGUUUGACCGUGUGUGUGUGUGUGUGUGUGUGUAUUUGUUUAUUUAUUUAUUUAUUUUAUUAUUAUUAUUAUUAUUUUAAACAUGCAUUGAGAUGAACAUCUCUGAAUACAAUUGACAUUGACAUCGAAUGAGUUUAUGGUAGGCAAGAAGCCGCCAGAUGUUGACUUCCACAGAAUUAUUGUUUUAAUGUUGAUAUAUAUAUGAAAAAUUAAUAAGACUUUGAUUAGUAUGCAAGGGAAAACAGAAGCCAAACUCACUUUGCAAGAGUUGCACUUCCUGGCUAACAUGUUUUCUGUAAUACAUGUAUAUAUAUUCUUGUUGUAAGGAACUUAUUUGUGUGUCUGAUAGUUAUUCAGGCCUAUCACUUAGAAUUUCGAAAUGGACAGACAUGGACAAUAUACUUGUUACCAGAAACGAGCAGUUGUAAACUGUAAAUUAAAGGGGAGUUAAGUGGAAGGUGGCACAUAAUGAUAGAUAUGGACAAUACCUGUGGUAUCGGAAAUGAGUAGUUAAAACAUUUUAGUUAAAGGUUGGUUAUGUGAGAGAGAGGGGCACACAUGGACAAUUACUGGACGAUGCCUGUGGUACCACACGUGAACAGCUAAAAGCUGUUAAAGGGGGAGUAAGGGUGGGGUGGGAACACAUAAACAGUUGGGAACAUUUCGUUCAGUAUCAUGUCUCAAUUUGCUGUGUAAGUUUCAGAGAUCUCAACAAUUUUAAAACAUUAAAUCGUAGUUGCUAACUAAUUUCUAACUUACUAGCUAAUUUUGUUCAUUUGUUUUAACCCUGAACAGGUUUUGUGGUAUCAUAAAUUACUACUUAAAACCUGUUAGAUAAAGGUGAGGUAAGGGGUGGCAUGCAUAGUCAGACAUUGGACAAUACCUGUGGGACCAAAAGUGAGCAGUUAAAACCUUUGUUAAAGGUGGGGUAAGUGGAUGGGUCACACAUGGAUAAUAUGUUACUAAACAAAUUAACAGCUAAAACUUGGAUAGACUAAACUUUAUUACACCCUGGUGGAAGAGAUACCCAGGUGAUAUUUAUUGCCUCUUCACAUUGUGGAAUAUGCCUUUUGAGAGGUCAUGACCUCUGAUCAGGUGAUCGACUGUUACACAGUAUAACUCUGCAUAGAUGUUCAUGCAAAAAGUGUAUGGUUCUUUCGAUUCAUAUUUUUAUUUCGGAAAAAUACUUGCUAGAUCAAUUCUUAUAAUUAAUGUUAGUAGCAUAAUUUAACAAAAUACAUAUUUUCAUAAUUUUGUUUAUCCUUUUAUAUGUUUACAAUAUUGUUUUUGUAAACUUCAUUGAUAGAUAUGUGGCAUAGGAAUGCAAAGUUUCAUUGAUAAAUAGCUAAAUGAAGUUACCACAACAUGAUGUCAUUUUGCUAAUUGACGUCAUUUGGUAAGCAACGUCAUUUUCCCUGUUUUUAAUUAGUGCAUUUUCAUUUCUUGUUAUUUUAGAAGUCGUUCUGUGCAAUUUUUGUUAAUUGAUGUGGUGUAAUAAAUAAAAUACUAUACUCGUUCCUGUGUGAGACCGUUUAUAUUACAACUUGUGUUUUUAAUUGUACAUCACUUGCUUUCGCUCGUGUUAUACCAUUGAAAACACACUUGUUGCAAUAAAAGCGGUCUCAUAUGGAACUCAUUUAGUAUUCUCUAUGUAUGUGAUACCAGAAAUAAGCAAAUGAAAGCUGAGAUAAAGAGGUGUUACACGGGGUUGGGGGCAUACAUGUAUAUGGUACCAGAAAUAAGCCAUCUGAAAGCUGUAGGUUAAGGGUAGGGGUAAAUGGGGGAAGCAUGCAAAGAUGUGACAUUAGAUGGUAUCUGUAGAAUCAGAAAUGGGGGUUAAGUGUGGGGAGCACACAUGGGCAGACAUUCAACAGUACCUGUGGUAUCAUGCAGGGCUAAAAAAUUGGCUUUUUUCAUGAGAAUGUGGAUUCUCAUGGAAACAGUCCACAGGAAUCCUCUGAUUCUAAACAUUUUCAGAGAAGAACUUUAUUAACAGUUUCAUUAUAUAGAAUUAUGUGUCAUAUGCUACUAACUGUAUAUGGAUUAGUGACAUGAAUAAGCAGUUAAAUGUGAAGGUUAAAUUUGUAUGCUCUUAUAUGAAUUAUGAGCCAUUUAAAUCAGCUUAGCAAUGUUUAUGAGUGUUAAGAGCAAAAGAGAGUACUGCUAUAAGUGAAUGGGGAUAGGUGUCCCUCAUUUCUACUAUACAUAGUAUGUAAUUGUAACCAACUACUGUGGUCAUGUAUAUUUUAUGUCAUUAGGUCAUGUCAAGGUCAUGGCCAUUUUAUGUCAGUCAUGUCAUUACGGGUCAGAUUACAAUUAUAGUGUCUGAAAAACAGGGUUACUCUUAAACUGGCAUGUUCCCUUUGUAAAAUGUAUGUUAUUUCACUAAUUAGCUGAAGAUUUAACAAUGCACAGCCCAUUUUAUGUGUCUCGUUUAUUAUUACUCUUCUUUUGCUAUAUGAGAACUUUUUCUCAUAUAUUUUGUUCAGCUUUUAAUGUUAAAAUUUAUAUAUUUUUAUUUCACUUAAUUUUUUUUAUUAGUACAAAAAGAUUUGUUUGUAAUAAACUAAGGGAAAACAAAUAUUA